UGGGAAAAGAUAGCGAUACCGCACAGCGAAAAAUCUCAUUGUCCAUGUCCUCUCUUUUGUGUUUGUUUUCUGUGGACGUGGAUUUCUGGAAGAAGAAGGAACUAUGGCUGCUGACCAGCUAGUGCUGGAUGUGGACUUCUGCCGGAGCCUUUUCCCGAGUUUGGCGGAUGGCCUGGUAUACAUGGAGAACGCUGGCGGUUCGUAUGUUCCCCAGUCGGUGAUUGAUUGUACGGUCAGCUUUCUUACGCACCACCGGCGACAGCCGUAUGCCCACUAUGAGAAAGGUGCCGAAGCCAAGCAGGGCAUAAGCCUAGGAGAGACGAAGUUGGCAGAGAUGCUGGACGUGGAGACCAAUCAGCUGAUUUUCGGAGCGAAUAGUACGGUAAAUUUCUACGUUCUGGCGCAAGCUCUGCGUACAAAGAUGAGUCCAGGUGAUGAGAUUGUUGUAAGCCACCAAGACCACGAGGCCAACAUUGGAUGCUGGCAGAGACUAAGCGAAACAGGCAUUGUUGUUCGUGAAUGGAAGGCUGAUGCCACCACAGGACUGCUGUCCGUGGACGAUCUGCGUGCCCUGCUGUCUGCCAAGACGAAAGUCGUGUGCUUCACACACGCUUCCAAUGUAGUGGCAGCCACCAACGAUGUCGGCUUGAUCGCCAAGCUGGUUCAUGAAGCAGGAGCAUUGGUUUGUGUGGAUGGUGUGGCAUACACCCCUCAUUCACCAUUGAAGUUCAAAGAAUGGGAUGUAGACUUCUACGGGUUUAGCCUGUACAAAGUGUUUGGACCGCACUUGGGAGUUUUGUACUGCAAGAAAGGCAUGGAAAAGCAUUUCAGAAAUCAGAACCACUUCUUCCUGGAGGGCAUAAUGCCAGCAAUGCUGAACCCUGGUGGCCGGCUGUACACCAGUGUUGCCUCAACAGCGGGUGUUGUGGAUUAUAUUGAGACAGUGUAUAAGCACCAUUACCAGGUCGACAAACAAUCAGCUUCCAGUGAAGACGAUUCUCUACACACAAAGUACUGCAAAGUGUUUGGCUUGUUCGAGAAACACGAGGAAAUGCUCAGCACUCGACUGAUCGACUUCCUCAAGUCCAUGAAGGGGGUGCGUGUUAUUGGCCCAGCGGUGGGCGAUCACGAGGUGAGAAUGCCGACGAUUGCGUUCGUCGCUGACGGCGUAUCAUCUCAGGAUAUGGUGAGGAAGGUGGCCGAGUCCAACAUUGCCAUUGCGGCCAGUCACUUCUACUCGUAUCGUAUGGUCGAAACACUGGGCAUCGAUGUGAAGGACGGUGUAGCACGGGUCUCCAUGGUGCACUACAACACGCUGGAGGAAGUCGAUCGACUGUGUACUGCACUCAGACCAAUUCUCUCCGCCGCUGAAUAGGAAAACUGUUAAAAAUUGGAGGUAUUGGAGCAAUUCUCCUUGUGAGCCAGCAUGGAUUGCUUCAAGUUCGAUAUCACCCUGCCCUAGGUAUGCACAUGCCGACUUGUAGCCGGCCCUUCCAGUAAAUCUGUAUACUCCAAUCUAUAUGUCAACUAUGGUAUUGGAGCACUCUCUUGGACAGCCUGGAACGUCUCUGUUUAUGUCAACUAGGUUAGUUCAGUCAACUUCAUUAUUUUCCUCACCAUAGAAGCGUCCUGUACGCGGCAGAAGUACCCCAAUGAAUUAUUGAAUUGGCAAUGGAAGUGAACCUAACGUUGAUGGAAAAUCCAGACUGGUGUUUUGGGGAGUUGAAAUGGGCAAAGUCUACAUGCGAUAUAAAUUAUGUUUUAUGGAAAAUGCUUUAAAUAUUUUUUUAUUAUUCUCCUUUCAUGAUACAAAACCACAUAUUUCCACUUUCUACAUUAUAGAGCUCUAUAUAGACCUUUGUAAUAGUUGAAACUGCAAAGAAUCCAUUGAUCAAUUACUGUGCUUGCAGUGCUUCUUUUCAAUACAGGUACUUUAUGCAGACCGUUAUGAUUUAGAUAUGCUCCACAAGUAGGCUUUCCCCAAAUAGGCCCUUUUUUUCUUCGACUAUUCCGCUUCUCGCUCGGCUCAAAAAUACAUCAGAUACGGCUGAAAAAUUGGAAUAAUUAUAUUGGAAAAUCGGCUAAAAGAAUUGUUGA